UCACAUGUCCCCUUUCACGUGAGCUAGGGGUAGUGGUCACAUGGUUAGAGAUGGCAGCCUUAACAGAACAGCAUUUUAAGUCGCUACAGCUUCUCCUUAAGGCUUCCUCUAAAGACGUGGUGAGGCAGCUGGUCCAGCGGUGCUUCCCGCCGGGAGCGGCCGAGUCCAGGAGCCUGAUGGAGACUGCGGCCAGCAGCCUGUCCGUCACGGGGGAGGAGUCCCAGCAGCUGGUCAGGGCCUUACACACCCUCUCGCGCCAUGUGGUGCUCCAUGGCCUGGCGUCUCCGGAGCAGAUCCUUGGGGUUUUCCCCGACGGUUUCCACCCCAGCCUCAAAAAUCUGCUCACCAAGAUCCUUCUGGAGCAAAGCCCUUCAUGGAGAAGUGAAGCCCUCUCUAAUCAAAUUGCCCUGCCCAGGCUAGUGGACGUGGACUGGAGAGUGGAUGUGAAGACAGCCUCGGACACUCUGAACCGCAUGGCUGUUCCCACCUGCCUGGUCCAGAUGAAGGUCCAGGAUGAUCCCAGCCUCUGUGGGUCGGACUCACUCUCCACUGUGACUGUGGAGCUCAGCAAGGAGACGCUGGAGACGAUGCUGGAUGGUCUGGGAAGGAUCAGAGACCAGCUGUCCACAGUGGCCAGCAAAUAGGGCAGUCCCAGCAGCUCUGCGUAGCUCCGUGAAGCCAGCAGUGUAAAUGUGGAUGGUGCAGUGUUGACGCUGGUAUCUGGGACCAAAUGACUUGCAGAGUGUCUACUGACGUGUGCUUGAAUCAGCGUUGUCAGUACUUAGUGAAGCUGGAAUCUGUUGGCACCUUGGUUUCAGUGCUCUCAGUUGUUGGGCUGACUUUUCAGAUGGAUUGUUCCAAAUCAUCACCAGUUCAGUUUCUCCUGGAGGCUCAGAUACAAAGCCUUCCUUUCACUCAGAGGUAGCAAGCAGAGAAAACACUUUUUCAGCUUGCUUGCUCUAGAGUAACGAGGGAAGUUCCUGUUAAAAAUAGAUACAAAUCUGUAAAAAGCAGAAGUGUUAUCUGGGUGGUUCACAGGGCAUGCAGGGUUGAUGCCCUACUUUUGCUUAGUUCUAAUUUGAUCUUUGCAUAACCAACCUCACCCUUUGCUAGGGAUGUUCACCCAGACCUCACAAUGACCAUCAUAGGGAAAUCCAGCAGGUUUUAUUUCAGUCAUUUUCAAGACUAACCACAAAAGUGAAUUCAGAAACCCAGCCCACACUAACCCAGUGCAUGCUGAUUUUUGCCAAGCACAGCACUAAUUAAACCGGUUGAGCUGCCCUUUGGCGGUCCCUGGUGGCAGAGUGUGCAGCUGCUGCUCCAUCUCGGGCCAGUCGGCCGCACUAAUUUUUUUACCAUUUAAUGCACGUUUUAUGUUUUGUAUAUUCUUUGGUGUGAUACAAUGUAAUGAUUAUCCUAUGUUCUUCAGUUAUGGGCAGAGUUCCCCACCUCCCUGAGUGGAUGAUAAAGUACAAUAGCCUAUGUGGAGUACAAAAACAACUAAUUUUGUAUGUCUUCCAUUUGGUUGAAAAAUGCAAUUCUGUACUCUCUCGGAUUUUGAAAUGUUGGCACUCUUAACCUCUUUGCAUUUACACAGAAAUACAAAAAGACUGAAUUACUUUGCAGGGCA